UCCACCGUUCAUCCACCGUUCAACAGGUACUACCCUCAGCUUCGCACUUCCUGAUAGCAGCCUCGUGCAGACCAGGAGCCACGACCAUGUUCUCACUCAGCACCACAGCAACUCUCCACCAUGUCACGAACCUGCCACCAGGCACAGCGCCCGAAGACGCCAUUAGGCUGCUGCACAACCACGAGGUCCUGAUCCGAUUCGACCCCGAGUUCGCACACUUUGACAACCUCCCCGCCAACCCCUCGAAUCCCGAAGCAAAGCGCUACAAGAUCACCGACCACAUGCACGCUCUGCCAAAAGGGCUGUGGGACUCGACAGUGACGUUUGAGGCAGAGAUGACGGACACGGAAGACGGGGUGCUAUGGAUCAUCAAGGCGCCGUUGGGGCUGGUGCAGCGGACAACGUGGAGGUGCUUGAGGACGGCGUCGUUGGCCGAGGAGGAUAGGAAGGGUGAAGGAGAGUGGAGCCUUGUGGAAGAUGUCGAGAUCAACGCGAACAGGCUGCUGGUCGGGACGGUGAAGGGCAAAUGCGAAGAGAACUGGCCGGGCGCGCAUGGGAAGUUUGUUAAGCAUUUGAAGGGCGAGCCGUAG